UGUAAUGUUGCAGCAAUUUCGUAGUUCAGUAUCGUGUGAACUGUUGUAGGCGUCGAAUCGCGCGGCCAGCGUGGCGUAUACGUGAUAAUUCGAUAAUCUAAGCCAAGCUCUCUCUAGUAAUUUACUCGUACUAUUAUCCUGCGUGGCACUAUGACUUCUCACUCUUCCACUUAUACAAAACUAGCCGUUUUAUUGCUAUAUCUAUUACAAACGGCACACUGUCGCCCACAAGACACGGAGACAAACGGCUUGCCGAUUAAUCCACUGCGUAAUGGUCGUUACAUACCAGAGUUGCAUGGCGCUGAUCGUGGCAAAUAUAUACCAGACGAAAGCGGUAAAUAUCAUCAUGUUAAAGUGCCCUAUAACGGUGGCUAUGGCGAUCGUGGCCAAAUUUAUGUCCACGAUGCUCGUGGGCUGCCUCUACAUCGAUUCGGCACGCUCAAUGGCUUCCAACUGGGACCGAAGGAUCAUUUGCGCUUCUCUGUAGAUUUCAAUUUCGACGGCAGCGGUUGGCAAAUCGUGCAGUUCGAGUGGAUAAACGACGAUGACGUCAAAAAGCAUUACGACUACAAGUAUGAAAAUCAACUGUGGCCAUCGGACUAUGAUGUGAAUGCUGAUGUGGAAUCGACUGCGACCGAGGAGCCAGCGGAAGGAGAUACGACUAAUGUGCAUGUCUCGGGCGAGUACCAAGAUGAUAUCUAUAAUGUGAAAUAUACGAAUGACAAUGAGCAAAAUGCUCCGAGUCAAUUCAACAUUCAAGCGACUAUAAGUGAUGUACUCGAUUACGUUCAGACAAAUGUGCUGCCAACUCUAACGUAAAAGACGGCGUAUACUCUGGUCAAAGAAAUACUAUUUUUCUACUACUAAUUUUAUAUCACUCUGGUAAUAUACUAUGACUCAUAUCAAGACCGUGAAAAACUGGUACAUAAAAUAUUUUAUUGACAAUAACAACACGUAAUAGUUUAAGGCUGCCAUCGUUGUCAGCUGUUUGGUCGAGCUUCUCUAUUAUUCUUCAAUUGCCGUGUCGAUUUGGAUACUUUCAAUGUGAACAAACUUCAUUUAUGGUCAUUGGAAAACAAAAAAAACCCUUUUAUAAUGCUUCCAAAACUUUAUUGCCUUUGGAAAGUGUUCACCUGAAAGUUUCUUCUCUAAAUUCUUUGUAUUAUUUGUAUUCAGUCGUUUAAUAUAUAUAUAUUUAUGUAAAAUCAUGUAUAAAUUGUCAUCUACAGCAAUGAAAUAAAAUAUAUAAGAUGCCGACAAUU